AUGGCCACAACCAAGGCUGCUUCGGGCAGCAAAAACCCUAUCCUACCACCAGAGGAUCUUUCCUCUAUUCUCUCCUCCAUCGAGCUUCUUUCUGCAAUGUGGUCUGGUACAGACGAGCUUUGGCUUUCCCCCGCCGACCAAGUCACGAUUGGACUUCUGGCAGAUUAUAUUCAACUUCCCAUAGAGGAGCUCGGCUCAGACAAAGCACAUAAGGUCAAGGACUCGAUUGGUGAACAAGUUGUGUUGGCAUUGAAAGUUAGAGCUGAUCCACAAGAGACGGCGAGGGAGGUAAGUGUCAAUGUCGAAUUCACGUUGAGACGGAAUGGAGCGAAAGGGAAACGUGUGCGCAUGUGGGUCAGCGCAAAAGAUGCUCCAACCUGGCUGGAUAGAGCGCGUGUUGAUCAAGUGAAUGCCAUACUUGGCCAAGUCGGGAGCGCGCAAGGAGAGGAUGAGGACGAGGAGAAGACGGUCGGAAAGAUCUUAAACGCCAUCGAGAAUGUCUCAGAAUACUUGCUCUCCGUUCCUGUCGCUGCCUAUGAUGGCAACACGAGGACAUCAGAAAACACACAGAACCCAUCAACCAACGUCUGUGCCUCCCAAGCAACCAAUGUCUACAGAACAUGGUACUACCUACCAUCAUUAAGAACCAAAUGCAAGAGACAAGAGAUUUGCAACCUCGCUCUGGCAUCCACUCCGCCCCUAAGCGGAUUCCUACUUUCGGGCAAGCCAGGACUAAUAGUGAUGGAAUAUCCUCUUCCCUCAAACUGUCCACCUUGCGCCUCAACACUGCAAACGGCGAGCUUAGCGAUGCACUCGUUCUGGUCAACAAUCAAAACCACUAGUUGGUCCGACCUUCCAGCAUCACACAAAAAGAUCUCUGAAAAGUUCACCGAACCGAACGCUACAAAAGCUUUCAGCGGAUUCCAAGAUAUCACCGAUUGGCCAGAGGUCCAAAGAGGAGCAGAAAGGGGAAGCAAAAGCGAUCUGAGUAAAUUGAUCAAAUGGUUGGAUGGCAAAGGUGUUCAAGGCAAAUACCUCAUCGAACGUUGUCUUGGUGUCGCAAGCUGGCAAACGUAA